AUGGCUCAAAGUGUUUGCCUAUUAUCACGAAUAGUGGCCUCUUCUAUAACUGCUUCAGUGAGAGCAGGCACAAUAAUAAGAGAUGUUAUGAGUCAUGGAGGUCUAAAUAUAGUUGAAAAAGGCAAAAAUGAUUUACAAACUGAAGCAGAUCGGUGUGCACAAAGGUGUAUUAUUGCUUCUUUGAGCCAUCAGUUUCCAAAUAUUACCAUCAUUGGUGAAGAAGAAUCGAGUAAUUGUGAUGUACCAUCUGAUUGGGUUGUAACAGAAGCGGAUCAAGAAGUGCUAAAAUUGAAAUUACCAGCUCAUCUGGAAGAUAUCGAUCCUAAAGAUAUUUGCAUUUGGGUAGAUCCAUUGGAUGGAACAUCCGAGUAUACACAGGGUCUUGUAGAGCAUGUAACAGUUUUAGUAGGGAUAGCAAUUGGGGAAAGAGCAGUUGGAGGAGUAAUUCAUCAACCGUAUUAUAAAAAUGAUGAGAGUGAUACAUUAGGACGUACUAUUUGGGGUAUUAAUGGUGUAGGAUUCGGAGGAUUCACACCAAUUGCACCCCCUGAUGGAAAAAGAAUAGUUACAACUACACGUUCGCAUUCGGAUAGCAAUGUUCAGGCAGCUAUAAGUGCUUUAUGUCCCGAUGAGGUUUUGCGCGUCGGUGGUGCAGGGUAUAAGGUGAUACUUUUAAUGGAAGGAAAAGCCCAUGCUUAUGUAUUUGCUAGUAAAGGUUGCAAAAGAUGGGAUACAUGUGCACCAGAGGCAGUUCUUCAUGCUGUUGGUGGUACUUUAACUGAUUUGUAUGGGGAGCAUUAUUCUUACGAUGCAGGAACAUCGUACCCGAAUUUACGAGGUGUAUUAGCUACAGCUGCUGGUCAGAAUCAUCAGUGGUACUUAAAUAAGAUGCCACAUGAAGUAAAAGAAAAAUUAAAACAGUAAUUGAAGAAGUUUCAGAUUCUGCAGGAUUAAGAAAAAUUAAACUAUUUACGAAACGUA